AUGGCUAUAUCUCCUGCCACGCGUAUCCUGGCCGCCCGGCCUCUCGUCCUUGGUUUAGCGAAGCUCUUCUUCUUGGCUGUUGCCAACCUGCCCGUCAUCUCCGCCGCCCCAACUUUUGUCGUCACCUCCGAUGUCGACCCGAAACCCCCCAGUGACCCCAGUCUAUGGCUGUACCUAGGUGUCGCCGCCGCCCUCGUUCUCAGCGGCGGUGCAUUCGCCGGUCUGACCAUCGCCUUGAUGGGACAGGAUGAAGUCUACCUACAAGUCAUCCAGACCUCCGGUGAAGGCUCCGAACGCAAAAAUGCCGCAAGUGUUCUGAAGCUGUUGCAGCGAGGAAAGCACUGGGUCCUCGUCACUCUGCUGCUCAGUAAUGUGAUCACCAACGAGACGCUUCCAAUUGUGCUCGACCGCUCACUUGGCGGUGGCUGGCCUGCGGUGCUCGGCAGUACCGUCUUGAUUGUCAUUUUCGGCGAAAUUGUCCCCCAAUCGAUAUGUGUCCGUUACGGUCUCCCUAUUGGUGCCUGGAUGGCUCCGUGUGUCCUAGCGCUCAUGUACCUCAUGUCCCCCGUCGCCUAUCCGGUCGCGAAGCUGCUCGAUAAGCUUUUGGGCGAAGAUCACGGCACCAUCUACAAGAAGGCCGGUCUGAAGACCCUGGUGACGCUGCACAAAACCUUGGGCGAAGCCGGUGAACAGCUCAACUCGGAUGAAGUCACCAUCAUCAGCGCUGUUCUUGAUCUCAAGGACAAGGCAGUGGGCAGCAUCAUGACCCCGAUGGAAGACGUCUUCACCAUGUCGGCCGACACCAUCCUAGACGAAAACACGAUGGACCUGAUUCUGUCGCAGGGAUACUCGCGUAUUCCCAUUCACGCUCCGGAUAACCCGAUGAACUUCGUCGGCAUGCUGUUGGUCAAAAUGCUGAUCACCUAUGACCCCGAAGACUGCAAGCGCGUGCGGGACUUUGCUCUGGCCACGCUUCCCGAGACCCGUCCGGAGACUAGCUGUCUGGAUAUUGUCAACUUCUUCCAAGAGGGCAAGUCCCACAUGGUGUUGGUGUCGGAGUAUCCCAGUGAAGAUCGUGGCGCCUUGGGUGUGGUCACCCUGGAAGAUGUGAUUGAGGAGCUCAUCGGAAGUACGGAAAUUAUUGACGAGUCUGAUGUCUUCGUGGAUGUGCACAAGGCCAUCCGCCGCAUGGCUCCUGCUCCCAAGUCCCGCGUUCCCAAGGGCCGGAUUGUCGAGGAUCCCCCCAUGCUUCCGGCUGAAACCACUCUAGUCGAGGUGGACAACGAAUCUCCUGCUCCGCCCAAUGGGGCCCCGAAGGACCAUCGCCGGCUUUCCGUAGAAGCCCCCUUGCCCCGGUUCCAGCUCCGUCGGCCCCACUCGGAUAAGAAUUCAGACUCGACAGACGGCUUGUUCACGCAUCGCGGGGCCACGGAUGAGAUCAGACAACAUCUGAAGCACCUGGGUCCCUCAAACUUGGCCAGCCGACCGCGCCAAACUCGGUACCAGAAUGUGAAGAUCAAACGGAGUGUCUCGCCAUCCCGGUCCGGACAGACUGAUCUUGAUUCCAGCCAGAGCAUGUCCGAUGUGCAACCUAGACAUAACUCCAUUGGCCUGCAGGGCGGUAUCGGUGCCGGACUUGUACAGAGCGGUAUGGACGCCCGAGAUGGGGUGUAUGCGGUACGUGCGGGAUAUGGCACGAUGAACCACUCCAAUCCGCCGGCCGAUGCCGGUACUCAAACGAAGGAUGGUCUCCCAAUUUCGAUACCAGAACCGGUCCAUGAAGAACAGGAUGAUCACCCACGGUCAGCGGGCAGUCGAUCCGGCAGUGCCCGGUCCAUCGACUCGCAAUCCGAGCAUCUCAAGCCGGGCAGUUACCUCCACCGAGGCCCGGCUCGCAGUGGUAGCAUCACGGAGCAGGUGGUCGAUGUCAACGGCAUCCGCAAGGUCGUGCUCCAUACCACAAGCACUAGCUCAUCUGAAUCUGAACGACCGGGAUCGAGAGAAAAUCCGGAGUUCCCUGUCCGCCAGGAGGGCGAGAUCGUCGACCUGGGGAAUAAUCAGUCCGCCGGAAACAAAAGGCGCCGUCGUCGCAGAAAGCGCGGCCAAGGCCCGAAGAACGGGGGGUCGGGCGAAAAUACCCCUCUACUGUCGCAAUAA